UAUAUUACACCGAUGUCUCCAAGUAAAUUGUUCUUAGUAAUGACUUUAAACGCUUUAAAUAAUAAGAGUUUUCGAUCGAAUAAUUGAAGUAUCUACACAUCUUGUAAUUACGAUAUCAAAGGGAAACUUUGUUCAGAACUCAUUAUGUAGGAGGUCAUUGUCUUUCAUUGGGGUUGACGACUUUAUAAGGUUUUACUUAAACAGUUUCUCUUCAACUGUAGAAUAAGAACCAUAGGAAAUAUUGUCUGACUUUGUUUAAAAAAAGUUGCGCUCAUAUAAAUAUUAUCUCAACUUUUAUGAAGUAAUCUGCAACAGUUGAUUGAAAUUAAAUAUGUAAAUAUUAAUUUUACUCUAUACUUGUAAGUAAAAUGGAGCCAGGACGAACGAUUACUGUUUUACGUUGAUAUAUUGUUCGAUGAUAAGGUGGAAAAUAUUCAAUAUUCCGUCAUUUUUAAACAAAAAAUAAAAAAAAAGAUAUCGACAAAAAUGAAUUGGCUAAAUGAUGAUUUUGAACUAUUUAUGAAACGUAUUUUAAUAUCUUUAAAUCAUGUUAAAUUUUGGGAUAAAAAUUCAUUUAAUAUGUCUAUAAAAAAAAUUAUAGAUAUAUUCUUCAACAUAAGUCUAGUAACUCUAAGUUUUUUCCUCAUUCUUUCAAUAGCUGUUGAUAUUAAAAACAGUCAUGAUUUAUCAAGUUUUGCAAAAUUAGAUCCACUUUGUUUUCACUUGAUUGGGUUUUCCAAGUGGAUUACUGGAAUGUUAAAGAUAGAUGAUAUUGAAAAUUUAGUUUUGAGAAUGAAACGUUGUCAUAAACUUUGUUUAAAUUACAAUGAAAAUGAUACUGAUUAUCGUCAGUAUAUUACAAAAGUACUGGAAUUUAAACGUUAUAUGAUAAAAUUUACAUAUUUAUGGUUACUAAUUUGUGUUGGAGGAAUGACUCAGUGGUGUUUAAAUCCUGUAAUCUACGAUUUGUUUAACAAUUUUUAUGGUGGUGUAAAAAUAAAUUCAACAAGUUCAAGAUCCUUACCAUUUCCAGGAGCAUUUCCAUGGACAAUUGAUAGCACAUCAAAAUAUAUAUUGACAUUUACAUUCCAGUUCUUUAGUUCACUUUCAACUGCUUUUGAAUUGGCUAUUUUUGAUAUACUGAAUGUCAUUUUUUUAGCGAACGCAUGCCUUAAUUUUCAACAUUUGAAUGAAAAUUUAGUUAAAAAUCAUAAUGAUAUUAUGAUUAUAAGAUUUUCUAAAAGUCAUAAAACGAUUUUACAAUUUAAAAAAAAACUAAGAAACUGCAUCGUACAUCAUCAAGAACUCUUGGAAUUCAUUGCGAAACUAAAAAUUGUUUUCAGUUAUCCAAUGUUUAUUGUUUGUUUAGACAGCACGAUUGCAUUGUGCUUAGUAUCUUUCGAAGCAUCGUCAAUUGAAAUUAAUUCAAGCAUUGAAAGCAUCACUAAAAUAAUAAAUAUGGUACAAUACUGGUUGGGCAUUGUCACUGAAUUAUUUAUUUAUUGCUUUCUUGCCACUAAAAUUGAAGAUCUGGGUUUAAGGACAGCUGAUGCAAUAUAUGUAUGUAAUUGGGAACAAUCUAUGGUUAAUUAUCAUGACGAAUUUAUCGGAGAUCACAGACAAAUGAUGUUGGAAAUCAAUCAUAUGAUUACCUUCAGUAUCAUGCGUGCUCAAAAGCCUAUUAUCAUCAAUGGUGGACUAUUUUAUGUGUUAUCUUUACAAACUUUUAAAGCUCUUGUAGGACUCUCGGUAUCUAACGCUAUUGUACUGCGUCAACUUUCUGAAGGAACUUGAAUUAAAAAUUUGUUAAACAGAAUUUUUAACUUUAGAUCACGUCCGAAUUAAAUGUUUGAAGAAAUAUUCAGUACAUGUCAUUAAUAAUCAAAUUUUUGUCAGUAUAUAAAUAUAUUGAUAUAACAUUUUCAUAUUGCGAAUACAU